AUGUCCACCACAUAUUCCGACUACAUUCCCCGUGGCCCCGUCGAGGUGACGUUGAAUUUUUUCGAAAACCCAUCCGAUGGGUCCGUUCCCUACCAGUAUAGCCAGCAGCCUGAAGACGGUACGCCAAUGCUCAACUACGGACAGCCAGCGGUGGUCGUAUCGCUGGGGGACAUGCGCGGCCAGGAAGACCAGUACACGCUCGACAAAGACGGCGUGCAGGCGCUGCAGCACUUCUUCCCCGCAGUGACCUACGAGACAUUUGAUGCCGACGAGACUGUUCAUCGAGUGUACUACCCGCUAGUGGAGCAGCUGCUUCUCGAUCAGAUCCCCGGCGCCCACACGGUCAUCCUUUUCGACCAUGUCAUCCGUCGCCAGCAGAGCACCAACCAUACCAAGCCCCUGUUCACUGCACACGCUGAUCAAACCGCCAAAGCGGCUGAAAGGCGAGUGAGCCUCUCAGUGACGGAUCAAACGCGGGCCGCCCAGCUGCUGCAGGGCCGGUACCGCAUCAUCAACGUUUGGAAACCGAUCAAUGGUGCCGUACAGUCGUGUCCCCUGGCCGUGGCCAGUGCCGCCCAUGUGGACGCAGCCGACCUGGUACCCAUCGAGUUUCGCCUACCCCAUCGCACAGGCGAGAUCGUCGGGGUGCGCCAUAAUCCGCGCCAGCAGUGGUUGUAUUGGUCUGGCAUGGAGAACAAGGAGUGUUUGCUGUUGAAGUGUUUUGAUUCUACCUCGGACCCAGACGUGGCUGUCGCACUACCUCAUUCGGCAUUUGAAGAUCCUCGCACCCCACCUGGGGCCAGGGAUCGAGAGAGCAUCGAGGUUCGGGCCCUGGUUUUUGGCUAG